AUGGCAACAACUGCUGCUGACGGCAACCUAAAACCACACUUGAGAAAGAAUGGAGUGAAAUGCGAACAUAUCGGGAAAAACGGCUAUCAUAACCACAAGGAGAAAAAUGGCCAGGGAACCGGCGUUGCCUCCAGACGCCACAAGCAUGAGCCCUUUGAGCAGGCUCCCAUGUAUGUUGCCGUGCUAACAUACCUGGGCUUUGGCAUUGUCACCCUGUUUGGCUACCUCAGAGACUUCCUCAGAGCUGUGGGUUUGGAGAAGUGCAACAUUGCCCAGGAAAGAGAGAAACAGAAGGAUUUUGUCCCACUUUAUCAAGAUUUUGAGAACUUUUACACUCGAAACCUGUACAUGAGGGUACGAGACAACUGGAACCGCCCCAUAUGCAGUCUACCAGGACCUGUCUUUGACCUGAUGGAAAGGGUAUCUGAUGACUACAACUGGACAUUCAGGUUUACCGGGAAGACAAUACAUGAUGUUAUCAACAUGGGCUCGUACAACUACCUUGGCUUUGCUGAGAACAAUGCUGAUUUCCUGAAAACUGUGGCAGACAAAGUGCGCCAGUAUGGGGUUGGGGUUUGCAGCACAAGACAGGAAAUAGGCAACCUGAGCAUCCAUGAAGAGCUAGAACAACUUGUGGCCAAUUUCCUUGGAGUCGAGGCCGCUAUGACUUAUGGGAUGGGUUUCGCCACCAACUCAAUGAAUAUUCCAGCACUUGUGGGCAAGGGUUGUUUGAUACUAAGCGAUGAGCUCAAUCACACUUCUCUCAUCUUGGGAGCCAGACUGUCAGGAGCAACCAUCCGAGUGUUCAAACACAACAACAUGCAGAGUCUGGAGAAGAUGCUAAAAGAAGCAGUUUGCUCAGGACAGCCUCGGACCCACAGGCCCUGGAAAAAGAUUCUCAUCGUGGUGGAAGGCAUCUACAGCAUGGAGGGUUCAGUGGUGCGACUGCCUGAAGUCAUCGCUCUGAAGAAGAAAUAUAAAGCGUACCUGUACCUGGAUGAAGCCCACAGCAUCGGAGCAGUGGGCCAAACAGGGAGGGGUGUGACCGAGCUGUUUAAUGUGAACCCGGCUGAUGUGGACGUGAUGAUGGGGACUUUUACAAAGAGCUUCGGGGCGUCUGGAGGCUAUAUCGCGGGGAAAAAGGAACUGGUGGACUACCUGCGGACACAUUCUCACAGUGCAGUAUAUGCCACGGCCAUGUCCCCUCCUGCCACUGAGCAGAUAAUACGUGCCAUGAAGUGCAUCAUGGGAAAAGAUGGAAGCACAGAGGGAAUUAGACGGAUUCGCCAACUGGCAGAGAACGCCAAAUACUUUAGAUCCAGACUGAAGGAGAUGGGCUUCAUCAUCUACGGCAAUGAUGACUCACCUGUGGUUCCAGUGCUGCUCUACAUGCCAGCCAAAGUGGUGGCUUUUGCGCGAGAAAUGCUGGCAAGAAAAAUCGGCGUAGUUGUGGUUGGCUUUCCAGCAACGCCGAUCACAGAGGCCCGAGCUCGCUUCUGUGUAUCUGCUGCACACACCCGGGAUAUGCUGAACCAGGUGCUCGACUGUAUGAAUGAGGUGGGAGAUCUUCUCUGCCUGAAAUUCUCGCGGCGGAAAUAUUCCCCUCAGCCCGACCUGUGCGAUGAGACAGACUUCGAGCUGGACAGCUGAUAUGACCUUUGACCCUUUGACUUCACAGUGUCUAAACUGAGCAAUCAUAAGCACACAGUGAAUUCAUCAGACAGCAGGAGAAGAGCCAAAUGUUUGGUAGCUCUUUGGGGUUUUUUUUUUUUUUUUAUGUGUGUCAAA